AUGAAAAGUUCUAAAUCUUUGAGUGAUGCUGAAAGGUUGGAGAAGAGAAGACUGAAAUUUUCUAAAGAGGCCAGUGAACUGAUACUUAAUGAUGAUUUAAGAGAUGUAGCGUUACUGAGUCGUUCGUCCAAGGGUAACAACAACACCUCUCUGCAAAGAUUGAAAACUGAUCAAGAAGCUAGAUGGCAGUUGUGGAGAGAAUUGGAAGUUUUAGCUAUUAAUAAUGACAAUAAGUCUACGUUGGAGCAUGGUUUGAGGAAACUAAGGGAAAUUAUCAUUAGCAUAUAUGAUGAAUUUAAACAAGAUGAAGAUUUUAUGAAUUUUACUGAAAAAAUAUAUAUCAAGUCAUAUAAUUUAUUUUUAUUCAGUAAAGAAUUUGGGAAAUUAGGUGGGAUAGUAUUAAAUUUCAUGAUGACAACAAAUUUCAUGACACAUUCAUCAAAUGGGUUACAAUAUAAAAUGAUAUCCGUUUGUCACGCAUCUCACGUUGAUAAAAAUUUGGAUAAAAGCAUAAAAAUGGCAUUUCAAAUGAUGAAACAAGAACCAGCAUUUGAAAAACAACUCCGAAACAUCAUAAGAUUAUCAUUGAUAUAUUUAGAGUCUACAGAAUCACCCAAUAUCUGGUUUGAAAUACUAUCUGAUUUUAAAGUAACGUUUCCCUUAAUUUAUCAAUUCCUCAUAGAGACACUCUCUUUCAAAGAAAUCCAAACAAGGACCUUGCAAGAAGUAUCCAAAUGUUAUAACCAAAUUCCAUUACAGUUCUUAAUGUCACAUUGGUUUCAUAACUUAAUCUCUCAAGAACUAAUUGCUGAGAAUUACAAAAUGGAACCUUCUCCCUCCGGAAUCGUAACGGUAUUCUUCAAAAAAAGGAAACAAACUGCAUAA